AUGAUCCAUCAACCAUUAGAAAGUGGCAGAAGUGUUUGUCAAGCCAAAUGGUAUUACUACGAACUCGGAUGGACACCAACCUACCAAAAUCUGCUUGCAAAGUCCAAGGUAGUGUACCAGGCCGAAUUCUUCAGGGCACCUAGUAAUUCGUUAAUCCUUGGCAGUGGGUAG